CAUCCCUAGACUCACUCCAUCCUCUGGCCACCAUGGGACCAGGACACCUUUGCCUGCAUUCUGGGUUUGCACACUUUUGCCAAGACAGGGAUUUUGUUCCCAGGAGGCACUCCUGGGCGCAUGGGAGCUCCGCAUUCAAAGCAGCAAAGAAAACCUGGACCCCUGAAACAGGGCCACCGGGGCCACCAAAGAAAUUGGAGAACAACCAGGAGGAGGAACUACUUGAAGGACGCAAGGGAGAUUGCUCGUGUCUUAGAUGAUGAGGGCAGCAACCUGAGGCAGCAGAAGCUUGACCGGCAGCGGGCCCUGCUGGAGCAGAAGCAAAAGAAGAAGCGCCAGGAGCCCCUGAUGGUGCAGGCCAAUGCCGAUGGGCGGCCCCGGAGCCGGCGGGCCCGGCAGUCGGAGGAGCAGGCCCCUCUGGUGGAGUCCUACCUCAGCAGCAGUGGCAGCACCAGCUACCAAGUUCAGGAGGCCGACUCACUUGCCAGUGUGCAGCUGGGAGCUGCCCAACCAACAGCACCAGCCUCAGCCAAAAGAACCAAGGCAGCAGCCGCAGCGGGGGGCCAGGGUGGGGCCUCUAAAAAGGAGAAGAAGACGAAGCACAAAGGCACUGGUGGGCAAGCAGCACUGGCAGAAGACAAGUCUGAGGCCCGAGGCCCCGUGCAGAUCCUGACUGUGGGCCAGUCAGACCACGCCCAGGACGCGGGGGAGACGGCAGCUGGUGGGGGCACGCAGCCCAGCGGGCAGGACCUCCGUGCCAUGAUGCAGAGGAAGGGCAUCUCCAGCAGCAUGAGCUUUGACGAGGAAGAGGAGGAUGAGGAUGAGAACAGCUCUAGCUCCUCCCAGUUAAACAGCAACACUCGCCCCAGCUCUGCCACUAGCAGGAAGUCCGUCAGGGAGGCAGCCUCAGCCCCUAGCCCAACAGCCCCAGAGCCACCAGUGGAUAUUGAGGUCCAGGAUCUUGAGGAGUUCGCGCUGAGGCCAGCCCCCCAGGGUAUCACCAUCAAGUGCCGCAUCACGCGGGACAAGAAGGGGAUGGACCGGGGGAUGUACCCCACCUACUUUCUGCAUAUGGACCGUGAGGAUGGAAAGAAGGUGUUCCUCCUGGCGGGAAGGAAGAGAAAGAAGAGUAAAACUUCCAAUUACCUCAUCUCUGUGGACCCAACAGACUUGUCUCGAGGAGGGGACAGCUACAUCGGGAAACUGCGGUCCAACCUGAUGGGCACCAAGUUUACCGUUUAUGACAAUGGAAUCAACCCUCAGAAGACAUCAUCCUCUACUUCAGAAAGUGGAACUUUGCGUCAAGAGCUGGCAGCUGUGUGCUACGAGACAAACGUCUUAGGCUUCAAGGGGCCACGGAAGAUGAGUGUGAUUGUCCCAGGCAUGAACAUGGUUCACGAGAGAGUCUCCAUCCGGCCCCGCAACGAGCAUGAGACACUACUAGCACGUUGGCAGAACAAGAACACGGAAACUAUCAUCGAGCUGCAAAACAAGACACCUGUCUGGAAUGACGACACACAGUCCUAUGUACUCAACUUCCAUGGGCGUGUCACGCAGGCCUCCGUAAAGAACUUCCAGAUCAUCCAUGGCAAUGAUCCGGAUUACAUCGUGAUGCAGUUUGGCCGAGUAGCAGAGGAUGUGUUCACCAUGGAUUACAACUACCCGCUGUGUGCACUGCAGGCCUUUGCUAUUGCCCUGUCCAGCUUCGACAGCAAGCUGGCCUGCGAGUAGAGGCUUCCUCGUGCCCUUUGGG